UCGGCCUCGGUGUAUGAGGAUGGAGUUGAUAUGGAGAAUUAUAGACUAUGUUAAAGAUAGAAAUUAGUUCAUUGGAGGGGCUGAGGGGUCAAAAAAAGGGCUGGAGGUGUUGAUGGUUGAUUUGUGGAGCCUAUAAAGUGGCCCAUGCUUACCUAGCCUAACUCUAUUCCUGUCGCGACUAUUUUUUGGUUCAGUUGGUUUUGCGACUGAGAGUGGCACCGUUCAACUCAAAUCAAGACCAGUCAAGACCAGUCAAGACUCAUCCCAUCAUCCCUACACCUCGUCUUAGUCUUAGGUACUUUCGCAAGACAUUUCAAAAUGCAUCCGCACUUACACACAAAGGAUAACAUUGCCUGCGAGGAGGUUAUGACCGCCCUUGAGGAAUGUCACGCCAAAGGCUUUCUCUGGAAAUCAAUGGGCAUGUGCAACGACGCCAAACAUCAAGUCACCCUAUGCCUUCGAGCCGAGAGACUAAAGCGUACCGCAAAGAAUCGCGAAGCUGCCAAAGCUCGACGUGACUCGAUUAAGGCCGCGUGGGCCGAGAUCGAUGAAAACUCAUGACGAAUAACUACAUAUAUCGCGAGUCCUGCUAGUCUGUUGUAUCAUAGCGAGGUUAAAUAAAGGGUAUUCUUGGGCAUGGUACGGCAUGGCGUUAUAAAAUGGUCCACAUCAGCACAUCAGUUUCCACCUCGCUUUACAUUGGCAACAUGGCUUUCUUUCUUUUUUUGCCAUGGAUAUUUGAUACUUGAAUGGUACUUGUAUUCCACUCUGGAUAUGGUUCUUAAACAUGAUUGUUCUUGAACUUGUUUCAAUCAGCACCAACUGGAAUUUGACAGCUACAUAAAACUUGGCCCGAACCCAUUGCGACUGCGCCAGUAAUAAUCGAAAACGUCGACUCCCGUCUACGAUCAACCUAUCCCUCACAAAGUCUUUCGGAAGGCGUUACCGAAAGCCAACAGGCCAAAUAUAGAAAUGAAGCUUAGUACGGUCGGGACCGGUUUUCCGCUACGAAGGGCUCGAGGAAUAGAGGAACCACCAAGUAUAGCAGAGGCGAGAAGAGCAAGUUCGAUACCGAACGGUUGACGCGAUUGCAAACGAUAACCUCCCAAACCGUCUUUGCGACAUCAAGUUAGCUCGACUGCACUUUACGAACACACUUCAUCUUCACUUGAUAGCUGUUGACGUACACAAUAUGCCAACUGUCCACCCAGCAAUGACGGAGGGGAGGGAUCCAGUCUUGACAUAGCCCAUAGUACC